AUGGUGCUGCAGGUCAAAGAGCUGACCAAGCGCAAAGACACCGGCGACCACCUCUUCUACGACGUGACGUUCUCGCUCCACCCGGGCGACACGCUGGCGGUCCGCGGGCCCAGCGGCGUGGGCAAAACCACACUCCUGCGGUGCCUGGCGCAGCUCACGCCCUAUGACGCAGGCGUCUGCACAUUAAUGACACCCAAGCCGACGACUCCGCAGGACCUGGGGGUCCCGCAGUGGCGCGCCUCGGUCAUGUAUGUGCCGCAGCGCCCGGCGCAGCUGCCCGGCACGCCGCUGGAGUUCUUCGAUCAGGUGACAGGGUUCCGCGCGCAGCAGGGCCGCGCCCACUAUGAUCCGGUGGAGAUCGCCGAGGACUGGGGGGUUAGCGAUGAGCUGUGGCACAAGAAAUGGCCCGAGCUGUCGGGCGGCGAGCAGCAGAGGGUUGCAUUGGCUGUGGCGCUGGCCUGUGACCCCAAGGUGCUUUUGCUGGACGAGCCCACCAGCGCGCUGGACCCGGCCACGACCUUGAUGGUUGAGCAGGCGUUGGCCGGCCGCACGUGCGUGUGGAUCACCCAUGACGACGCCCAGGAGAAGCGCAUUGCUACAAAGUCGCUGACCAUCCACGCCGAUGCCACGUACUCCAUAACCGAGCACUGA